GAUUGCGGUUGCUGUUUGACUUAUGUAGAGAUUCACUCGUAAUGGCGGGAAUUCGUCUUUAUGAAAAGUUUCUUUCAAACUUUUUAACUUAAAUACAGUCAAUUAUAAUUUAUUUAAUACAAAAAAAUAUAUGAAAAACUGCAUAACAAUCAAAACAAAACGCCAUGUGAAAGUUCACCGGUCAGGAUGUCGGUUAAUUCAAAGUGGCGGUUACCUGACGUUUUUUGUGUUGAUGUGUUGAAUGAAUGUUGGAAUUACGUUUAUAAUUCGCGUCUCAGGGAUGAGUGAAUAAGUGAAGCGAAGUGUUUCGGGACGUAUCAAGAUGCCUUUCGUGCAUCGUGUCGUGGAGCCUAAGUAUUUGUCGCGUACGAGUCUGAGAGAUGAAGACGGGAAGCCGAAGGUUAACGAUGAAGAGUUGCAAGCUGUGACGAACUGCACCCUCAGCAAUGCAUUACGGCAACUCGCGUCGCUCGUGCUCUUGGCCGAGGAUAUAUUCAGCGAGUUGACUUCGCAACUUGAGGGCAUCACAGAGAGAUCAAAAGUGGCGCAAACGAAAAUCGGAAAAAUAAAUGAAAUAGUCGAAAACUAUGAUCCCAAGAAAGUUCCAGUCCCGGAGGGGAGCCUGUCCGACUUUGCGGUACGCAAAGUCCACUACACGGCGAGCAAUCCCCUCAAAAAGGGCUUGUUCACGCCCGCCACAAGGCCAGCAAGUUUGCGUCAUCUGUAUGAGAAAGCAACCACAGACAGACUAUCCGUCUCCAUUCUCGAUCAACUCAGGCGGGAUACCCAAUACUCACCAUAUCUGCUAUGCACGCCGGUGCUUAGUUCCAAGCGGCGUCGUAUUUAUCACAAGGUUGACGUUGAUAUUGAAACUCACAUUCCAACGGUAGUAGAACAUCUAAGGAAAUGGACAUCAAAAGAAGCAAUUGGGGACGUGACAGCUUUACCAGAUGCCUCCAUGAGGAUAGCCAACAGUGUAACGUUGACACCAGAUGAGUUAUCCGAGUGCGGUUCUGGAGAUGAUGAACCAAUAGACCACAGGCUACCCAGCCCUGAUGAGCAGCUGAGAAUCAUUGCCUCCAAAUUUCCUCCAGAAGUUGUUGCGAUCGACACAUCGGGUAAAUUUUUCGACAGAAUGUGUACUUCGCGUAAAUCACUUCACAUAGAGGUCACUGGAGAGACGGACACCGUGAAACGAAGAACCCGCACUAGAAAACCUCGGGGUAAAAGACGAAACACCAUUUCGGGCACUGAUCAGAAAGAGCUUAGAGAGGCUAUAGCUGGCGAUACAUCAAAUGCUGCGGCUACUGAAGAGAUCGAGGAUAGCACUGUUAUCAGAUCGAAGUCCAGUGAUUUACUCAAGAAGAGCCCGAUAGAUCCAGUUACUAAAAAAGGACAUUUCAAUUCUCUAAAGCAGUGGGGUAAAAAUAGAUUAAAAAUGAUAGGUAGAUCACCGAGUGCUAGUAGAGAUAGUUUUAAGGAUAAUUUUAAAAUUGAAAAAAGCAAGGAAUCUAAAUCUCCAACAAGACAAGAAGAAAGUGAAAAACAUGAAACUGUUACUUUGCGUAAAAAGCGACCUGGAGAUGAGGAUCGAAGAACGCAUCAAAGAUGUGCCUCAUAUUCGUCAUCUGAAAAGAGUAUUGGUAUCCCAGCUAGUGUACCGACAACAGCUACAAUUAAUAGCAAUGUUAAAUUGCGAGGGACAUCUGUACAAAGAAGGCUAAAGCGAUCAGGAAUUGGCAAAGAAGAACCUCACUCUUCGAGUGGCAACUGGUCAGCUAGUUCAGAAUCAGGCAGAACAAGUAUAGGUUCUGAAAUAACUACAACAACAGUGCCUCCAAAAAGCACAACUUCAGCAGCAACUUCAAUAAAUUCUUUGAACUUACAUCAUGGUCCCCCUAGCUCUAUCAUAAGCCGCCGACGAUUUAUGAACACAUCUGGCUCAGGAAGUGUUACCAGUGAAGGCACGCUCACUCCAGAUAUCAUUCACGACUUGCAUGAAGAUUUAGAAACAAGUUCAGAGUUCUCGUGUGAUACAGAAGGAUAUUAUACCUCGUUUCAUAUGGAUUCUGGUUUAAAAACAUUAAAAGAAGAAGAAGUAUGUCCUAGUACCCCGAUGCAUACUAGCAAUGCACUCUCUAAUUCAUCUAACAGUCAUACAUUAACAGCAGAAAAUGAAUAUGAAUUAUUUGGAAAGGGUUCCACAAGUACAACUACAAGCUCUGCAGGUACUGUUUGCACUGCAUUAAUGGCAGCUGGAAGUGAUCGCUCCCUUGUAAUCGGUCCAACGGUGCCAGAACGUAAAAGUUCGCUAUCAAAAAUGAUCCGAAGUAGAAGUAAUAAUAUUCACAGUGCCAAUGCUAGUUUAGAUAGAAGUAUGAAUUCAACGUUUUCUAAAUCACAUUUCAACAGUUUGAAAUAUACGUCUGUUCAGUCAUAUCCAGAUACAAAACUACACAAUUACUCAUCACCUGAAAUCAAUGAAGUGUCUAAUCCAACUAUUACUAUAACUAGAAAUGUUGGCAACCAUAGAGAGAUAACUGCAGUUGCAGAAGUUCAUACAGAAACAGAAUUAGAAAGUGCCAAAAAAAGUACAGGUACAAGUUCUCCGGACUCUGGUCAUAAUACUUCUAGUUCACCUAUAGAAGAUUCCGUUUCAAGCGCACAUGGAAAAAAUAGUCUUUCAGAACAAGAUUACUCUGAAUCAUCAGAUUUAGAAGGAACUGAUAGAAUAGAAAGGAUACGAUACAAAACUACAAUUAAUAGCUCGAGAAUUCCAUCACUCUGUGUAAUAACACCUACAAAUUCAGAUGAUGAAAGCGAAGGUAGCAGCAAAGAUACAGAAACAAACAAAAAACAAGAAAAUAACGAGUUAAACUCUACUUUUAAACGAAUUUCUAGUAGACCUAAAUUAGACUUGCCUUAUGAAGAAAAAUCUAAGGAAACAAAAAGCUCAAGUGAAGCAACAAAAACAAAUAAAGUUCAUACACAAAUUAACCUAAAAUCGUCAUUACAACCAUUAAAUAAUUUAAUGUGUAAAUUGAAAGGUGUUCUUCCUCAUAAACUAUCUAAUAAAAAAUCCCCCACUGCAAAAGAACCAAGUGUCAAUGAGAAUAUUUAUGACGCCGGUGACUAUGUUACCAUAGCAGAUGUCAAAAAUAAUAAUCAAAAAAUGAGCCUUAAUAGAAGUACAUACGGUACUAACGACACUGUUAGGAAAAAUUUACAAGCAGUCCUAUCAGGACGACCGGAGACUGAAUAUGUGUCUCUAAACGAACUGCCAAAUUACUUAAGUAGCAGUAAAGAUUACCUGGAAAAUACUUUAGAAGAAAGACCAUCUCCAGUGAUGGAAGAGAUACAAAGAAAGGGUGCCAAAGUAACGUUGGAUUCUCAAGGGCAAGUAAUUUAUUCAUCAGAUACGUUAAAAAGACGUAAAGGAGCACAUACAACAUUUGAACCAGGACCAUUUGUUCAAGAGCUUUGUCCAACUACAACGACAAUUCAACGGGAAACUGCUGAUGUAGUAAAUGUUACUGACGAGACUGACUUUCCUUAUGAACCUCCACUGCCUUCUAGCAAACCUACAUCGCCACAGCUAGGAAAAAUGAUAAUUAAAGCACCUAUAAAUCCCAAUGGUCCUAUGACUACAGAAUUUAUUCCGUUGCCACCCCCUAAACCUAGUACAAUCAUAACAGCGACACCACUUACCGAAACUACAGCUAGGAUAGACCAGCCAUGUGGUAAAAAUGAACGUGAUUUACCACGAAUUGUAGAAGCUAUAACCAGAACGGGAGCAUAUGUAAAUAUUCACGAUGCAGAGGGUGUCAGCUUGUCACCGACGAAAGACGAUUUAGCAGACUAUCGACAUUCCUGUGCUGACAAGCCCUACAAACAGCAAAAUAUAUCUCAAGACAAAGUUCCUGCAAUCAACCUGACUGCACUCAUCCCAAACCAACACCGAUAUAAUACGGCUCAUUUACGUGGAAGGCACGGUGUCGUCAAUUAUGAUAACAAUCAACCGAAUCCGGCUAAACACCAACCAAAAUUCUGGACACUUCCUAAUAGAAGUCUCUUAGAAUUAAAUGCUCCGCAACCAAGGACACCAGAACAGAGAAAAUCAGUAUUUAAUAAUCCUAUAAAGCCUGAUAAUAGAACUGUACCGCUGGAACAGAUCGGGAUAUCGCAUGCCCUCAGCGGGAACAAUGAUUCUAUCAGAAUUUCACCUAUCGAUCCUCGAACAUCAGGCCCUUUUAAAUCUUCCACACCAUCCAAUAAGGAAAAUGUAAUCGACCUCGGUGCCAAAUUACUAUCUCCAGUUAAAUCUACGAUGACAAAUGAAGAACUUUAUGCUGUCAUACACAAAAGCAAGAAGAAACUUAAUAUAAAAGAUUCUGUGGAAAGAUCCGAAUCACCAGCUUUAUCUACAGUAAGUUUAUCACCGGUAAAUUCAGAAACAUCUUUGUAUAGUAAAGGAACUCAACGUCAUCCAGAGACAGGCUAUUUGGGAGAUCCGCGAACUAGAAUGAGUUGGUCACCAUCUGACAAGCUACCACUAUAUUCAGGUUCUGGUAUUCAAAAACAGGAAACAACAUCAUGCGCCGACAGAUUUGGUCCAGUACAACAAACAUCAAGGCUUGAUUUUAAAAAAUUACUUUUACAACACAGUGUGAAACUAAAUACUAUGCAUCCUCAGAACAAGACAAACAAAUUGUCAGCAGUUGAACAACUCAAACUAUCAAAAGAAAAAGCUCAAAUACCAUUAACUCCAAAUACAAACAGAACUCACAUUAAUAUACUUGAUUUAAGUGGUUCACCAAAAACUUACACUCACAGGAAAAUCAUAAAACCUAACCCCCAACCUGCAUCACCUGGUAGAACAGGUGCAUUAAUUAAAGAACAUAAAAAUACGCCCAAAAUUUUGCUUUCUCCUAAAUCACAAUGGCGAUUUGCAAGCCCCCGUUCUGACGUAUUAUCUUCACCAAUACCUGAAGCAAAUAAUGAAGACGAAAAUUCGAAUAGCUCUGGUGAGAGACAUGAUAUAUCUCCAAAUAACCCACCGUGUAAAACAGUUCCUAUUGUUACGAAUCAACACUUCGGAGCGCGGCGAAAUCUUAUACCAAUUAAUGAAAACAACUUUGAAUCCGAAAACGAUUUGUCAGAAUCUAUUGAUCAUGGAAUUUUUCCACUUAACACUGAUUUUGCAAAAUCUCACAGUUUAUCGAGAUCUGAAAUAAUGCAAGCAAAGCGUGCCGAGUUCUUUAACACGUCUCCUGAAUCGUCACCUCCGAAAUUUACAUCGUUUAAGAUCGCGACGGCUGGUCCGUCUACUCGAAGUAAGUCCUCUCCGGAAAGAGGCAAGAUUUCACCAACGACAUUGGAAACAGCAUUAUGAUAAUUUGUAAAUUAUCCUGCAUUAAAGCGGUGCUCAUUUUCCUUUUGUGUGUAAAUAAUGCGACGACGUUAAAAGAAGCUUUAAUCUAGUCUCUUCUAGCUUGAAGUGCCGUUUUUGAGGGCACAUAUGCAUUUUAAUAGCUGCCAGUGUUAUACUACUUAAAUUACUGAGAUUAAGGACAUUCAGCUCAAAUAUUCAUUUAAGCUCUGAUGGGGCCAAUUUUUAUUUUAUGUAGUACUGUACAACUGUUUGAAUAUAGUGAAUAAGUAUUUAUUGAGUAUGUACUAUGUAAGUAGUGUUUUGAACUUUUUCAAAGUUUUUAAGUUAUUCGGAAUACAAUUUUAAU